AUACCGCGCAGUCGCUCUAUGCACACAUAAUGAUCACUACAAUACUACUCGCGUCUCUCAUUUUACUAGUCGCGUAUUUAUACUAUGUGUCAACUAAGAAAUUUAACUAUUGGAAGGAAAGGGGAGUUCCAUACGCAAAACCUGUUCCUUUACUUGGGAAUUAUGCCGGUUAUAUAUUGACCAAGGAAUACAUAGGUUCGGAGGUGCAGAAAUUAUGCAAUAAAUUCCGUAAUGAACCGUAUUUCGGAGCGUUUUAUGGGACGGAACCGGUAUUGAUACCACAGGACCCUGAAAUUAUCAAGCUGAUUUUAACGAAAGACUACGCUUAUUUUAGCGGCAGAGAAAUCACCGAUUAUUAUCACAGAGAAACUAUUACGGAGAAUCUUUUCUUCUCAGGCGGGGAUAGAUGGAAAGUUUUAAAGCAGAAUCUUUCUCCAUUAUUCUCCAUAAAGAAGAUGAGGAACAUGUUUCAUCUGAUAGAGAAGUGUUCUAAGAUGCUAGAAGACAUGAUGGAUUACGAAUUAGCGGAGUCAGAGGUGGCAGAAGUACGUUCUUUAAUGACAAGAUAUACUUUGGAUGCCAUAUGUUCUGUAUCUUUUGGCGUGGACACAAAUCUUAUGGAGAAAGACUGUACUAACAAAAACAAUCCUUUUAGAAUCAUGGGUGAUAUGAUCUUCGAGAUAUCUACGUACAGAGCUUUAAAAGCCACCGCUCGCGCGAUAUGGCCUGGAGUUUUCUAUGGUUUAGGCUUCGAGAAUUUUCCAUCGGAAAUAAAAAGCUUCUUCAGUAAGCUUGUGAACGGAAUCUGCGAGGAGAGACAGCACAAGCCGACAUCCAGAAACGACUUUAUAGAUCUGAUACUAGCUAUGAAGAUUGACGGUAAACUCACGUUUGCUGGUGACAAUAUUUGGGGUGAUAAGAAAAUUGAACUUGAAGUUGACGAUGAUCUGAUAAUAGCUUUGGUAGUUGGUUUCUUUGCUGCCGGGUUUGAGACAUCAAGCUCUACUUUAAGCAUGUGUUUAUUUGAAUUAGCGAAGAAUAAGGAAGCUCAGACGAAAGCGCAUGAAGAAAUCGAUGAAUAUUUGAAGAAAACUGAUGGAAAAAUCACUUAUGAAAGCAUAACUGAAAUGCCAUAUCUAAUGGCUUGUAUGGAAGAGACCAUACGUCUAUAUCCAGUGUUAGGGGUAAUAACAAGGGAAGUGAUGGCAGACUACACGAUGCCUACAGGGGUGGUGUUAAACAAGGGUUGCAGGGUGCACCUGCCGAUAUACCAUCUGAACCGGAACCCGGAUUGGUUCGAGGAUCCGGAGAGUUUCCGUCCGGAGAGGCUGCAGGGGAAAGUUAGGCCGUACACGUUUAUGCCUUUUGGAGAGGGGCAGAGGAUUUGUAUCGGAUACCUCCUAGCCAAGAUGCAAGUGAUAUCCGGUUUAAUAUCGGUACUCCGCAAGUACCGCGUGUCGCUCGCAGACGGGACGCCGCUAACAUUAAAAAUGGAGCCUAAGGCUACUGUCACACAGCCUACAGGAGGUGUCAAACUACGUUUUACUAAACGAGAGAAGUAA